AUGCUUCCUCAGCUAGGCAUUCAGCUGUUUCUUGUUGAUCUUCCCCGUGCUGGACUUCAUCCAACUGUGAUAAAAGCUUUAAGAACCGCAACUCGCCGCGACCUCCAAACUUUGCCUCUCACAACCAAACAAUCGAUCUCUAAAACCUCUAUUUCAACUCCGCUUGAAACCGACCCAUCGGUGAAGGUUGUAGUGCGAAUUAGACCUACCAGUAACAUCCGAAUUGGAGAUGAAACUGUUAAGAAGCUUGGGCACGUCGUAGAUGCUUUGACUAAAGAAACUAGCUCAGGAAAAGCUGAAGUUCCAAACAAAAACUCCUGUUUAACGCGCUUAUUACAUGAAUCCCUGGGUGGAAAUGCCAAACUCUCAGUAAUCUGUUCCAUCUACCCAGAUAACAAGAAUAAUGGUGAAACACUACGCACACUAAGAUUUGGACAGCGAGUAAGAUCCAUUCAAAAUGAGCCUGUUAUCAAUGAAAUAAAGGAGGAUGACGUUAAUGAUUUGAGUGAUCAAAUCCGACAGCUGAGGAGGUUGAAAUUUUGCGGAAGGCUGUUGAACGCUUUAAAGGAAAGAAUUGGAAAAUAG